AGAAAAAGAACUGAAGUUGCUGCUGUUUCUUUGCGAAGAAAUUUUUUUUGUAUCAUAAGCUAUGUCCGAAAUCAUUAUUGAAUUGAAUACUAAACUUUACGAGUGUUUUUCAGAUAACUCACAUGCAUCAUCUUAAAGGAGCUUAUUGUGUCGCAUGCUGAUAUGUGUGUAAUCUGCACUGGAUCCAUGUACAAGAGAUCAAGGAUAUGGUGAUGCUUUUUUCAAUGGCCAAAACACUGGCAUUAAGGCUGCGUUUGCUGAGCCAUUUGGAUUACCAAAUCCUGAAAACCUGUGCUGGUAAACCUCUGUCUACUCCUUUUCUUCAAACUUCUACUGGCUGCUUUCCUACAUGUUCCUUCCACAGUGCAAGGGCUGUAUGCACCACAGAACGAGACCCACUUUUUCUUGCUUCUGGAUCUGUUCGUCCGUACCAAGAGCUCUGCCUCAGCGGAAGUGGACUGUCUUUGAUGCACUACCUGUCUUCUAAAGAGGACCACGCUUUUAUGAAACAUCUCUCCUCCUGUAGUACAUCUCAGCAAGUGCUACAUCUCUUGCGGUCUUACUCUGUCCCCUCAAGUGCAGUUGCAGCAUCUAUACUUCACCGACUUGCUGACUUGGAGCAUGAUGCCGCAGGGAAAUCACGGACUCGUUUAUUAGAUGUGGCCUUUAAUAAGCUGUGUCAGAGACUGGAGGAUAAUUCAGCCGAAUUAGAGGAUGAAGUGUUGGUUGGAGCUCUGCUAAGCUGUACACGACUUUACAUUGAUUCUCGGAGCAGCCUAGUUCUAAGACUGGUCAUGGAAUGUCAGAAAAGAUUGGAUUCAGAAAAGUUGAACAUUGAAGUGCUUUGUGGGAUAUCAAGGGCUUCAUUUGCUUUGGAGGGCCAUGAUUCUGGCUUGGUGAAACAGGCUAUGAGUCAGCUCCAAAAAACAGAGACUGCUCAAUGGAACGCAGCAGAACUCAAUGCCGUUUACUGUAUGCUAGCAACUGGAUUGGCUGAGGAUGGAUGCUACCUGGAUCUCCUAAAUGAAAUGAAUGCUCAGGUACUUCGGCUAGUUCAUCGAAUGGACCCAGAGGCAGUUAGCAAGAUUCGUGCUUUAGUCACAUUGAGACAAGAGCAAGCAUUACCUCUUGUGAUUGCACUUUGCAAGCAAGCUGUGCAUCAUGUGCAAAGCUUUGCAGAUGCAGAACUCACUGUGGUUUUGUCAGCACUAAUGCACUAUGGACACAGUGACCACUUUUUUGUGGAAGCUCUUGAGCGCUAUGUGCCCAAGGUUGCCUUCACUGCUCAUGCAGAAACCAUAACCAAAGUGAUGCAGUUUUUCCAGCAUCGCCGCAUACUUUCUCCACCUGUUUUUAAUGCGGUGGCUGAGAGUUUUGUGUAUCCGUGCGAGGAAUACUCCACGUGGCAGGUAUCGCAACAGAUAACUGCACUGGGAGUUUUGGGAUAUCUGCCACCUGAUGCUGGACGGUUGUUCAGAAAGGUGGAGUCUGUAUUGCAUGCCCGCUUUUCACAGUUUCAGCCAAGAGCCCUUCUAGAUCUACUUCAUGGCUUUGCACUCUUCUACAGAUGGUACCCACUUAAGUUCGUCUCCAAAGUCUUCAGCUCUUACUUCUUGCAGCAGCUACAAGGUGAUGAUGGCAGUGGGUUGUCUCUAGUGCUGCACAGCUGACCCCAACUGUACCUGAGCGGUAAGCUGGAAUGCCCAUUUUAUGAUGGUCCACGACUUCUACCAAAAUUUUGUGUCAAGUCAUUUUUGGCUCCUUUUGAAACUGCGGUGGAACCUCAGUUCUACAAUGCUCUGAAGUCUGGCCUUGUGGAUCUUCUAGGAGAUCAAUCAAUCGUUGCAUCCAGAGUGCUUACACCGUAUUGCUAUACACUAGAUAUUGAGAUAAAACUAGAUGAAAAUGGAUUUGUCCUGCCUGCUUGCCAUGCAGAUGAUGUUCAUAAGAGAAUUGCUGUCUGUAUUGACGGCUCACAGCGCUUUGCAGCAAAUGCGAACAAACUACUAGGCAAGGAAGCCAUGAAGCAGCGUCACCUUAGAAUUCUGGGAUAUGAAGUUGUUCAGAUUCCAUACUACGAGUUUGAACUGAAGAACAAAAAAGAGGUUGUGGAAUAUCUGCACAAGAAGAUCUCCCACAGCUAUAGAUUGAGCUGGUGAGGCUUGAAUCACCACAUCCGUGCUGAACUAGUUUCAC